AUGGCCGCACUUCAGAGAAUUUACAGACAUUUCACUUCACUGUUAAUUAAGAAUCCGACGGUUAAAGGGUUAAUCCAACCCUCACAAGGGUCUAGUGCUUCAUAUAAUAACCACUUUUUAUCGUUUUCUCCAGAGAACAAUCGACUUCUCUUUGCUUGCAAGUUUGGGUACACUGCAAUUGUCCAUUAUCUGAUCAAUCAGUGCAAUGUGGAUGUCAAUGGAACUGUGGACAGUGAUGGACUAACUCCACUGGGAGUGGCAGUCAGAGAGGGGAAGCUGGACACUAUCAAGUACCUCAUCACAGAGUGCAACGUGGAUAUCAAUAUCGGUGACGGACAAACUCCACUGGGACUAGCAGUCGAAGAGGGAAAGCUGAACACUAUCAAGUACCUGAUCUCAGAGUGCAAUGUGGCUGUCAAUGAUGUUCUUCUACUUGCCUGCCAGUAUGGGGUUACCAAAAUCGUGGAAUAUCUUUUGAAUGACGUUGUUGGCUGUGAUCCCAAUAUCAAAGAUGUCGAUGGACACACACCACUCUUUCUUGCAGAUAACAAGGAAAUCAUUCUACUCUUGUUGCAACAUGGAGCUACUGCCGAAGAUGUCUAUACCAAUUAUCGCGAAGCUCUUGGUAACGUGUUUUCAAAGGAUCCCCUGAAAAACCCAGUGAAGAUGCUUGUUAUCGGUCACGGUGGAGAAGGAAAGAGCACUCUCAUUGAAGCAAUGGAACACGAGCCAACUGCAUUCACAUAUCUAGUCAACAUAUUCGUCUCUCCUAAAGAAGUCGAUGGAGUUAGCAAGAAAACAGCCGGAAUCAUCCCUCGAUUAUUCAAGAGCCGUGUCUUUGGAGAUGUGUUGGUCUAUGACUUUGCUGGUCAAGAGGUCUACUACAGCAGUCACGCUGCAAUUAUCAAGUCAGCAGUUGAUGCAUGUCGGCCCAUUUUCAUUUUGGUUAUCAGUCUCCUAAAUGAAAACAUCACUACCACCCACUCUGUCUCGUAUUGGUUGGGCAUCAUUGCCAACCAGUGUGCCAAUAAUGGAGGGCAAAGCACCACUCAUUGUGGUGUCUAGCCAUGCUGAUCUUGUAAAGGACGACUCCGCAAUCCUGGAAAGGAAGGAGACCAUAUUGAAAGCUGUGCAGAAAUUUCCCAUGUUUGAGCUCGUGGAAAUCAUUCCGAUCGAUUGUCGAUUUUCUAAUUCAAGUGGUAUGAAAGUUUUGAGGCGUUCAGUUGGCUUUACAUGUGACUCUAUUAGAUCCAAGCUGUCUGUCAGUUUGAACUGCCACAUGUUUCUCAUCUAUUUGCUUGAAAAAUUUUCUGGAAAGAUUGCAGUUUCACUGGAAGACAUACAGCAGGAACUCGCGGUGGAUCGCCUCCAGCCUUCUAAGAAGCACAAAGAUCAUAUUCCAUUCAUCCCCUCAACGAUUCCCCGCCUUGUUGAGAUCUGCUCUCAGCUGAGUGACAAAGGUCACGUUCUCUUCUUGCACGACACAGCUUCACCUGAGAAGAGCUUUGUCAUCAUUGACAGUUCAACACUACUCUCUCGAAUCAAUGGAACCAUAUUUGCUCCAGAAGAUUUCAAACAACACUGCAAGUUGUUCUCCAGCACUGGUAUCGUACCAAAAUCUAAGCUUGCUGCUUACUUCCCAGAUAUCGAUAUUCAACUGCUGAUUGGAUUCUUAUCUCAUCUCGAGCUAGCCGUUGUUAUUGACGAUAAAGAAAUCCUCUGUCUUAUCAACCAUCAUCUGGACGAGUCUAGUGCUAGUACUGAGGAAGUGUACAUGUUCUGCCCCGCUCUGAUCACCUUAGCAGCUCCUCCUGAUGUAUGGGAAGGCUCAGCGAAGUACCAAUUUGGUUGGGUCCUGUCAGCAGUUCACAGUGAUCAGUUCCUGGAUGCUCGAAUGCUCUACGUUCUCCUCCUUCGACUAGCUCUCUCCCUCCGCCUUGCUCUUAAUACAGAUACCAGCAUUCCUGCUCUUCAACACUAUUGUGCAUUCUGGAAGACUGGUGUUUGCUGGAGCACAUCUCACGGUGUCAAAAUGGUGGUGGAAAUCUCCAACAAGAAGCACGCUAUUGUUCUAAUGCAGGCACAAGAGCUUUCCUUGGAUUUCUUUGAUCUUCGUUCAACUGUGGUCGGUAAAGUGGUUGAGGCUAGAAAGCAGUUUUGUUGUUCGACUGAGGUUAACGAGUUAUUCCUAUCGCCUGCCAGUGUGACAUAUCCUCUCAACAUCUCUGAAGCUCCCACAUUCAACAUCAAUCUAGUGGCAGAAAGUGUUGUUAAACAACAUCGCUACGUUGUUUCAACUAGUGGGAUCUUAAGUUUGUCUGUGGCUGACUUUCUUUAUGCUGAGGUUUACGCUGAUCUUGGUGAGAAUAUUCUACAGCUUCUGUUCAAUCCAGCACACAAGGAACUGUCUGAUCGAUUCAUCUCGGCCCUUGCAACUUGUUGGAACAAGAAUCCUCGAUUGGCUGAUAUCGUACGCACAGCUAUUACUGAGAAUGCCAGCGCUGUAUUUCAAGAGUGCAAUAAUCUUGAUGAAGUUCUACAAGUCUGGAAAAGCACCAGAGUUUCCAGUGGUGAAGCACUGAGAAGAAUUCUGGAUCCACUUAGUGUGUUUACUGGACGAAA